AUGCAAGAUGGAUUUUAUGAAACAAGAUUACCGUGGAAGGUCGGACACGUACCGUUGCCAGAGAACAAGAAUCAGUCAACAGCUAGACUGUACAGUGUUACACGAAAGCUCGAAAGGAUUGGAAAAUUGAAAGAAUAUGAUGACGUUAUGCAAGAUCACUUGGGAAAAGGUGUGAUUGAGCCAGUUCCAGUACAACCAACAGGGGCGAUUGUGCACUAUUUUCCGCAUCAACCGGUUAUUAGAGAGCAAGCACAAUCGACGAAAAUGCGCAUUGUUUAUGAUUGUUCUCCACCCAUCCCAUCUUUGAAUGACUGCUUGGAAACCGGACCUUCUUUGCAGCCUCUUCUAUUCGAUAUCCUUCUCUGCAACCGUUUUCGAAGAUAUUGCAUCACAGGAGAUAUGGUAAAAGCAUUUCUUCAAAUUAUUGUUCAAGAAUGUGAUCGUGACGCCCAAGUUAAUCGCUGCUAUGACCCUGGCGAAGCUGCAGAGUAAUGUGCUAGAGCGUUGGAAGUACAGCCUAUUCGAUCCGUACACCAUUGGGUGGAUAGCCUGACGGUUGUCUAUUGGCUCGCAAACAAGGGUACCUGGUCAGCUUUCGUGAGAAAUCGGGUCAAGAAGAUAAAGGAGGCUUGGAGAUGCAGAUUGGCGUUAUGUUCCGACUAACAGCAACCCAAACGAUCUGGGCACAAGGGAAGCAGCGCCAGACAAGCUCGGGGAUCUGUGGUACAAGGGACCGGAUUGGCUGCAAAAGUAUAACAAGUGGCCAGAACAACCGGAGAUCAAUGAGACAACUGAUGUCACACAGGGGUUGGCCAUGAAGCGGACACUGGCUAAACAGGGGGUCGAACGUGAUUUGGAGAUGAUCAACAACAUGUUGGCGAAGUUUACUUACCGCAGACUUUUACGAGUGACAGCAUACAUGCUGCGGUUCGUUAGAAAUGCGAGAAACGAGAAAUUAGAUGGUCCAUUAACCACCGAAGAAGUCGAAAGAGCUGAACAUAUAUGGUUGAAGAUUGGUCAGGAAACGUUGAAGGACGACGGGGGCUUUACUCUCCGCACAGAGGAAAACGGACUUUUGAGAAUGGACGUACGAGUUAUUGGAUACAAUCCGAUAUUUAUCCCUAGAAAUUGCACCUUAGACCGACUGCUAGUGCGCGAUAUUCACGAGGGAACAGGUCACGGGGGAGUAAGCUCAACCAUUGCCACAACACGAGAGAGGUUCUGGAUACCAAGGCUGCGGAAAUUGGCGAAGAGUGUCGUCAAUGGUUGCAAUACGUGCAAAAAAGCUCGACCGAAGGACUGAAUCCACCAACGACCGCACCAUUGCCGACCUUCAGAACUGAAAUGACAGAGCCGUUUGCUGUGACAGGAGUGGACUUCGCUGGUCCACUGCUUUAUCGAGCAAAUAAGAAAUCUACACGAAAGGCGUACGUAGCACUCUACACGUGUGCCACUACAAGAGCAGUUCACCUGAAGCUGAGUAAAAAAGCAUGGAGGCAGACGAGUUUAAGAGAGGAUUGA